GAGAGAGAGCGGCAGCCUGUUAGAGCGGAUCAGCCCUGCACGAGGAGGUGGGAGGGUCACUCCACUCAGCCUCCUGCUCCGCUGCCUCCUCCAGACGCCCACCGUGGUCCACGCGAGUCCACAGGCUGCGCGUCGCGUCGCGUCGCGGCAACGUGUAACCGAGACCCAUCGGCAGCUCUGCGUCCACGCGCAUUCACCGAGCGAGACGCGGGACGCGGGACGCUCCCGACAGAUGCCGGCGACAGCACCGCUUCGGCGCUACUCAGGAGUCCGCUCUCAUGUCAAGAAUGAUGUGAAGACCACUUAAGGAGGACAGGACCACACUCCAGCUCAUCUGUUCAGCCUAAUCUUGCUCCUCGCUGACACACAACACUAGGCGUUUUGUCUGAGCUGGGCUUUUUUGCAGACCUGUGGGAAUGGGAACGUGCUCGGAUAAAAAAUGGACUCACUGCAGCCUCGCUGAACGUCACAGGUCUCUAAAGGUCAUGUCAUGGCCCGUGGCACUGUGGCUAUUGACUCUAAUCUCAGUGAAUGAAAAGAUGGCCGCCGGACAGACUCUGAACGCCUUCCUAUCAGAGAAGAGGGAGUGGUCCCUCAACCACCUGACGGUGCAUCAGUCCACGGGGGCGCUCUACAUCGGAGCUGUCAACCGCAUCUACAAACUGUCGGCCAAUCUCACUCUCCUGGUGUCUCACGACACGGGACCGGAGUACGACAACAAAGCGUGCUAUCCCCCGCUGAUCGUCCAGCCCUGCUCCGAGGCCCUGGCCUCCACCGACAACGUCAACAAACUGUUGCUCGUCGACUACUCCAACAACCGGCUGCUGGCCUGCGGCAGCCUCUACCAGGGCGUGUGCAAGCUCAUGAGGCUGGACGACCUCUUCAUCCUGGUGGAGCCCACACAUAAGAAGGAGCACUACCUGUCCAGCGACAACCAGACGGGGACCAUGUUUGGGGUUGUGGUGCCGUCGCAGGGUCAGGAUGCCACUCUGUACAUCGGCACAGCCGUGGGCGGAAAGCAAGACUACUUCCCCACCAUCUCCAGCCGGAAGCUGCCGCGUGACCCGGAAUCCUCGGCCAUGCUGGACUACGAGCUGCACACGGACUUUGUCUCCUCCCUGAUCAAAAUCCCCUCCGACACCCUGGCUCUCGUCCCACACUUCGACAUCUACUACAUCUACGGCUUUGCUAGUGGCGGCUUUGUCUACUUCAUGACGGUGCAGCCAGAGACCCCAGAGAACGGGAUGCCGGCGGGGAGCUCCCCCGGGGACCUGUUCUACACCUCGCGCAUCAUCCGCCUCUGCAAAGGCGACAAGAAGUUCCACUCCUACGUGUCGCUUCCUGUGGGAUGCGUGCACAGGGGCGAGGAGUACCGCCUGCUGCAGGCCGCCUACCUGUCCAAGGCCGGAAGGGUUCUGGCCAAGUCGCUCAACAUCAGCGCGCAGGAGGAUGUCCUCUUCGCAGUGUUUUCCAAGGGACAGAAGCAGUACCGUGACCCUUCAGAUCACUCCGCCCUCUGCGUCUUCACCAUCCAGGACAUCAACACGCGCAUCAAGGAGCGGCUGCAGUCCUGCUACCAGGGAGAGGGGAACCUGGAGCUGCACUGGCUGCUGGGGAAGGACGUGCAGUGCACUAAGGCGCCCGUGCCCAUUGAUGAUCACUUCUGUGGCCUGGAUAUAAACCAGCCCCUGGGGGGUUCUCAGCUGGCGUCGGGUCGGACAGUUUUCAUCGAGAGCAGGGACAGGCUGACCUCUGUGACCUCCUACAUAUACAAUGGACACAGUGUGGUCUUCCUUGGCACCCGAAGUGGGCGACUGAAGAAGAUCAGAGUGGACGGCCCUUUGGAGGGAGGGGUGUUGUACGAGACAGUGACUGUGAUGAAGGACAGCAGCCCCAUCCUCCGGGACAUGGCCUUCUCCCUGGACAGAAACUCUCUCUAUGUCAUGUCUGACAGACAGGUGGCACAGGUCCCUGUGGAGGCCUGUGAGCAGUACGGCACAUGUGCGGAGUGUCUGAGCUCCGGUGACCCCCACUGUGGCUGGUGCGUCCUCUAUAAUAUGUGCUCAAGGAGAGACCGGUGUCACAGGGCGGAGGAGAUGUUCCGAUUCGCCACUGACAUUGACCAGUGUGUGAAGGUUAUCGCUCACCCUGACAGCAUUGCUGUAUCAGCACACAGCGUCCCUCUUCUGCUGGAGGUGAAUAACGUUCCAGACCUCUCUGCUGGAAUCACCUGCUCGUUUGGCCAGCAGGCCCAGAUGGAGGGUCACGUUAAAGGGAACAGGGUCAUGUGCCUCUCCCCAGCCGGGAAGGAGGUCCCUCAAAUACCAGAGGGACAAGACUGGGCGGGCGUAGAGCUUCGUCUCAACUCAAAGGAGACCGGUCAAAUGGUCGCCAGCACGGAGGUGAAGUUCUACAACUGCAGCACACAUCGAACGUGUCUUUCCUGUGUGAACAGCACUUUUCUCUGCCACUGGUGUAAAUACCGCAACCUGUGCACCCAUGACCCGAGCAGCUGUUCUUUCCUGGAGGGCAGAGUCAACGCCUCAGAGGACUGCCCUCAGCUCCUUCACUCGGGGGAAAUUCUCAUUCCAGCCGGCGAGGUCCGACCCAUCACCCUGAAGGCCCGGAACCUUCCCCAGCCGCAGUCGGGCCAGCGCGGCUACGAGUGCGUGGUGCACGUGCAGGGUGUCAGCCACCGUGUCACGGCUCUGCGCUUCAACAGCACCAGCGUGCAGUGCCAGAACAGCUCGUACAUGUACGAGGGUGUGAAGAUCAGUGACCUGGCUGUGGACCUCUCCAUCGUAUGGAACGGCAAUUUUAUCAUUGACAAUCCAGAGAAGAUUAAAGUGCACCUCUACAAGUGCAGUGCCCAGCGGGACAGCUGUGGCAUGUGUCUGCGAGCCGAGAGGAAGUUCCAGUGCGGCUGGUGCAGCGGUGAGGGCAAAUGCACCAUGAGGCAGCACUGUCCUCCCAUCUCUCCCUACGCAAGCCGCUGGCUGGACCUUUCUGCCAAGCAUGUCAAGUGCACCAACCCACGCAUUACUGAGGUCAGUCCAGUGGCGGGGCCUCUGGAGGGGGGCACACUGGUCACCAUCCAGGGCUUGAACCUGGGUCUGUCCUUCUCUGAGCUAAAGGGUAACGUGGAGGUGGCAGGAGUACAGUGCACCGCAAAGGAGGAGGGCUACAUCACUGCAGAGCAGAUUGUUUGCAUGAUGGCUUCAGCCCCUAAGGGAAGCGCUCCAGGUCCAGUUAAACUCUGCGUUGGCGAAUGCAGACCAGAACUGCGUGCACAGUCCUCCCAGCUCUACUCCUUUGUGGUCCCUUCGAUGCUGGCACUGACACCUGGAAGAGGACCUGAAUCUGGGGGCACAAAGGUCACCAUCGUCGGCGAGAAUCUGGGUGCAGGCAGCACUGUUAACGUGUACUUUGGUAACCAGACCUGUGAGCUGUACAGGAGGACCAUGUCAGAGAUUGUGUGCUUCUCUGCGCCAUCUGUGACGGGAGCAGGAACAGUGCAGGUCAGUCUGAGAGUCGAUCGGGCCCAAGUUCCUGGGAGUUUGGCCUUCGAAUAUAUUGAAGACCCCACAGUCCAACGCAUCGAACCACUAUGGAGUAUCACCAGUGGACACACCACGCUGACAGUGACUGGGACCAACCUGGAUGUUGUUCAGGAGCCGCGGGUCAGAGUUAAAUAUGCCGGCCAGGAAUCUGUCAAUGUGUGCAAAGUAAUGAACACAACCACCAUCAGCUGCUUCGCCCCCUCUCUGAAGGCGGAUUACACCGCAGAGCAGGAGACGAUUAAACAUGUGGAUGAGUUCGGCUUCGUCUUCAACAACGUCCAAGCGUUGCUCACGUACAACAACACGAGUUUCGUCUACUACCCCAACCCUUACCUGGAGCCACUCAGCCUAUCGGGUGUCCUGGAACAAAAACCUGGAGCUCCCAUCAUACUCAAAGGACGCAACCUGGUGCCAUCUGCAUCUGGUGGAGCCAGACUUAAUUACACAGUGCUGAUUGGAGAUACACCCUGUUCUCUUACUGUGUCUGAUACUCAGUUACUCUGUGAACCACCAAACCUCACCGGGCAGCACAAAGUCCGGGUUCAGGUAGGAGGCCUUCACAUCUCUCCAGGAGAAGUUCACAUCCGGUCCGACAGCCUGCUCACCCUCCCUGCCAUCUUCAGCAUCACAGCUGGAGGAGGGCUGCUCCUCAUCAUUGUCAUCAUAGUCCUACUGGCCUACCGACGAAAGUCACACGAGAACGACCUGACUCUGAAACGUUUGCAGAUGCAGAUGGACAAUCUAGAGUCCCGAGUGGCACUGGAGUGCAAAGAGGCCUUUGCAGAGCUGCAGACAGACAUUAAUGAGUUGACCAGCGACCUGGACAGAGCUGGCAUUCCCUACCUGGACUAUCGCACUUAUGCAAUGAGGGUUCUCUUCCCUGGCAUCGACGAUCACCCUGUGCUAAGAGAGCUAGAGGUUCCGGGGAGCGGACAGGCCAACGUGGAGAAAGCCUUGAAGCAGUUUGCUCAGCUGGUGAAUAACAAAGUCUUCCUGCUGACAUUCAUCCGCACACUGGAGCUGCAGCGCUCCUUCUCCAUGCGUGACCGCGGCUAUGUGGCUUCGCUCAUCAUGACUGCACUGCAGGGACGGCUCGAGUACGCCACAGACAUCCUCAAACACCUGCUGUCAGACCUCAUCGAACGCAACGUGGAGAGCAAAAACCACCCCAAACUGCUCCUUCGCAGAACGGAAUCUGUGGCGGAAAAGAUGCUGACGAAUUGGUUUGCCUUUUUGCUACACAAAUUUCUCAAGGAGUGCGCUGGCGAGCCUCUCUUCAUGCUGUUCUGUGCCAUCAAACAGCAAAUGGAGAAGGGACCAAUAGAUGCCAUCACUGGAGAAGCGCGUUAUUCCCUCAGCGAGGACAAGCUCAUUCGACAGCAGAUUGAAUACAAGACUCUGACGCUGAGCUGCGUAAACCCAGACAACGAGAACAGCCCAGAAAUCUCUGUCAAGGUGCUCAACUGUGACACCAUUACCCAGGUAAAGGAGAAGAUCCUGGAUGCGGUGUACAAGAAUAUGCCCUACUCACAGCGCCCACGAGCUGCAGACAUGGAUCUAGAGUGGCGUCAGGGCAGGACAGCUCGCGUGGUCUUACAGGAUGAGGACAUCACCACUAAAAUAGAUAGUGACUGGAAAAGGCUCAACACACUCAUGCACUACCAGGUGUCUGAACGAUGUGUGGUAGCCUUGGUUCCCAAACAAAUGUCAUCUUUCAACAUUCCUUCUUCCGCCAGCUUCCCACGCAGCAUCAGCAGAUAUGGUAUGGAUGUGCCCUUUCGCUCCACUCCUACCAGCCCUGACAGCCCCCACUCCCGCGUGCCCAUGCUCACGCCAGACCUGGAAAGUGGGGUCAAGGUCUGGCACCUAGUAAAGAACCACGAUCAUGGGGACCAGAAGGAGGGGGAACGUGGCAGCAAGAUGGUGUCAGAGAUCUACCUGACGAGGCUACUAGCAACAAAGGGAACGCUGCAGAAGUUUGUGGACGACCUGUUUGAGACUCUCUUCAGUACCGUGUGUCGGGGCACCGCGCUGCCUCUCGCAAUCAAAUACAUGUUUGACUUCCUGGAUGAGCAGGCUGACAGACAUGGCAUCAAUGACAUGGAUGUUCGACACACAUGGAAGAGCAACUGCCUGCCACUGCGUUUCUGGGUAAAUGUGAUCAAGAAUCCCCAGUUUGUGUUUGAUAUCCAUAAAAGCAGCAUCACGGACGCCUGUCUGUCUGUGGUGGCCCAAACAUUUAUGGACUCCUGCUCGACAUCUGAACACCGCCUCGGCAAAGACUCACCGUCCACCAAACUACUCUAUGCCAAGGACAUCCCGCAUUAUAAAAGCUGGGUAGAAAGGUACUAUGCUGACAUCAACCGCCUGCCGGCCAUCAGCGAUCAGGAUAUGAAUGCCUAUCUGGCUGAACAGGCUCGUCUUCACUCCAGUGAGUUCAAUGUGCUCAGUGCCCUCCAUGAAAUCUACGCUUACGUCAGCAAGUACAGCCAAGAGAUAAUUGAGGCACUGGAGCAGGAUGAACAGGCACAGAAGCAGAAACUGGCAUAUAAAGUGGAGCAGAUCAUCUCAGUCAUGUCUACAGAGAGCUGAGAUGUUCAAGGACUCGCCUACAGUAUACAUGCGCAUACGUAUGUAUUUACGUAGUACAUUUGUGCACGUUCAAUCACAUACAGUACAGAUACACAGAGAAGUAAUGGACCUAACGUAACACAGAUGCAAGCAGACAAUGCACGUACACAAACCACAGCGCACAUCAAACAGCAGAUUGUCCCAAAGCUCGACUUAUGAAUCCAGUGUCAGUGUUUUUUUCUGAAGAAACUCCAACAGGCAAACAUCCAACUUCUAAAACGCUCGUACAGAGCAAGAGGGAAAGGAUUUGGGCCAUCACGGUUGCUGAAUUUGCCACCAAUUCAUUCCUCCUGGGAAAUGGUUUGUCUUUGUAGUUUGUGCUUAUACUAAAUGUGUGUCUGGCAUGGCUGGAGCCCUGAAAAGAACAGCACUUAAUAAAGACUGACUCAACUUGAAAAGUCACUGAAGGAGCUCGACAAAGACAGAAGCCAAUUUAAUGGCACAGCACAUGUGGCGAGACAAGGCUCAAAGUACUUUUUAUAUGUCAAAGAUGAAGGACACUUAUUGCAAACUACAUAUCACAAGCUUGGAGUGACAUUGCCAUUUGGAGCUAUUUGAAGCAAAGGUGUGUAACUUAGUAUUGUUAAGCCUUUUCUUCUGGCCUUCUAAAGGUGUAAAAGCAGUAACUAAAGACUCCGACAUUGUUACUUCUCAUUUCCUCACUUGAAACUCCUUGCCAUGAGUUAUUUUUGUUAACAGUUAGAAAGGUGGGGAUUUUCCAAAAUCCGCCAUGGACUGGACUCUGUAAACUGCAUCUGUCUCUUCAAUAAUCCCACACUGAGGGAGCAUUACUGUACCUUUAACUCUGAAAUAUAUGUUGAGGUACAGUAUUUCUAGACCCCACCCCUGGCUUUUUGUGCCAAAUAUAUGUCUCAUGUUUCAUUCAUUUUAAAUGGUUCUGUAGAGGCCAUUAAUAAUACAUGCCACUGUACGGAAAAGAUCCCAUUUAGGAUAGGGAGUUUUGUACAGUGGUGAUAUAUAGACCACUAAUUCAGCCAUUCAAAGAUAAGUGGAGACCAAAUUGAACUUUAGCAGAAAGCAUGAUUAAUGAUGCUAGAAGCCUGAUCAUGAAUCAGAUUAGCCUAACCCUGGCCAUCAGUGCCACUCCCCCUCCUCCCCUGUCUCAUCAGUCAUUGUUUACAUCGAGCGAUACUUGAAAUGCACCAAGUGUAUGAUAUUAAGAACACCUGCUGCUUCUGAGAAGUAAUCUGUUUAGAUUAAGUAAGAUGAAGGCUUUGAUGCCUCGUUGAUUUUCCCAAUAAAUCCACUUUGAACAUUACCUGGAACUUGCAGGAAACAAGCUGAAGAAGAAAUUUUAACCCUGGAGACCUGGAGAUGUAAGAAGCUGCAGCUCAGCAUGGAGCAGGUGUUUCUUAUAUUUAGUACAGAGAGAGGAUAUACUAGAGGUGAUAUAUGUGUUUGGAUCAGCAACUGGUCCUUGUAAAGUCUUGCUCUGCUUUGUUUUCUUUACUGUUAGUCUUACAUUCAGCGUACAUUUUGCCAGACAGCUGUUUGUCUCCUUGCUGCUGUAUUUGUAGAGUGCCAUAUCAAAAUUUUUUUGAUUAUCAUGAUGAAAAAAGUCGAUGGAAUCCCAUUAAUUCAGGAUUUUAAUUUUGAUUACUCUUUCCAUCCACUGAAACUCUCUAUCCACUUCCUUUUGGAACACCUUUUUAAAAACAUUUCAGUAUUAGUGGGGUUAACAUACACCCUACCGGACCUUAAAUCUAGUUAACCCAGUAGAACAAGAUCAAUUAAAAUAAUCAAUGCAUUUCCUGAUAAAUGUUGCAAUGUGACUCAAAAAGACUCAUUUCAUAUGUGGUAUGAUCAUAAUUUAUAAAUGUGUUGUGCAAUAAACUGUCAGAUGUUUAAACUGUAAUGUUUUUUAACUAUAUAUUAUUGUAUAAAUACUGUACAUAAAGAACACUCCUAUUUUGCGAGGAAAAAAUUCACUUUGUACCGUUGUUAUACAUUAAAUUCGCAGGUGAUGAGAAAAAA